AUGCCACCCCGAAACGGGAAGCCUCGCGAGAGGGGUACAGUCGUUGCCUGGAAGACAGCGGACUAUGGCUUUGUGAAGCGAGAGGGACGUCACAACGAUGAUAUCCAGCUCCACGUCGCAAACGCGAAGGGCGAGCGUUUCAAGGACUACAUUCGGCGUCAUGGCGUCGCACCCGGCGUGCGGGUGAAAUUUGACGUCGACUUCGAGGAGAACAGAGGCAGGCCCUACGCCGCCAAUUGGGAGCUCGUAGAUCCGCCCAAGUUCUCCCAAAGCCCGAGCCGAAGCCGUGGCCGACGGAAGUCGCCCAGCACUCGAAGGCGACGGUCUCCCAGUGUCCGGAAACGGCGUCGCUCCCCGAGCGUGAAAAGACCGCGCUCCUCACCGCAACUUGGAACUGGCAGUUGUAUAAAGUCUCGAAGUCUUUUAAUUAAGACGAGGUGCACGCCGCAGAUGGAAGCAGUGCUGAGCCCACCAUUCCAAGCAACGUUUCGCCAUUUGAGUGGCGGGGCAAAGCGCGCCAAAGAGGCUUUCCUGCUCCAAACCGCACUAUGCCUCAAAAGCGGCAGCCAGAAAAACUACUGGGACCAGCCUGACCUGGGCGAGCUUGCUGGCAAGCUUCGCAGGUCCUUCUUCUAUGUCGAAGGCUACGGGGAGCUGAUGGACGACUGGCUUCAGAGCCGCGUCAAGCAGCUCAACGAGGACUUUCUUCAGCGCGCUGCGAACAUGCUUGGCACUGGCCUGCCUGCAGUGUUGGCACGGCUUCGCCAGAUCUUCAGGCCAGGGCGCUGGAUGUUUCUCUGCGAUCCGCGUUUGGAGAGCGACUUGAUCAACGUGUUCCACGAGGACACUUUUCCGCGGCACGUGCUCACACACUCCACAAUAACGCAAGUGCUGGAGAGAGUCACUGCGCUGGGUGGAGACGAUUUCCACGUCUACAACGACAUCGUGCGGUCACCACCGCUGCAAGCUCCCCUGUCCAGUGGUCCCAUGGACCUCAUUGAGUCUGCUCUGAUGGAGGUUUUGCGUCGGCUUCCAGGCUUUCCCCCACUGGUGCGGUUGCCUCCUGGACCUGGCCUCUACCGCUUUGGACGUGUGGAAGUCCUCUUCCAGUUGGCUGGUACAGACCUGGCCGCGCGAGUCCUCUCCUCUCCAAGCGGUGUGCUGCCGGAAGUACUCAGAGCCUUGGACUUCUUUGUGCAGUUCGGUCCACAAGAGUUCCCCAAAGCUGCAGCUGAAGCUGUCCAGAGCUCCGACUCCAUGCAUCUGUGUCCCACCACUGGCAUUCAGGAUGUCGGAGCACCCGCGGCCAGUCCAGGGCUUGUGCGGCCACCCAUGAGCUUUGGUGUGCCUCCUGCGCCGAUGCCUACAAUGCCGGCAAUGCCUGUCCCACCCCAUCCAGGGCUGGCUGUUGGCUUGGGUCUGCCAGGGCCGCCACCAUUGCCAGCACCACCUGCACCUUUGGCCCCUGGAAUUUCUGGGUUACCACCAGCCCCAGCGCCGAUGAUCCCCUUCGUGCGCCCCAAGUUUGGGCUUGACGAUGACGAGAUCUAG